AUCUGAUUCAUAUUAAAAACUGCAUAUAUUUCCCUAUUCAUAAAAAGGAAUAAUCCCAUAUCCCAAUUCCCUCAAAUUUUUAUUUUUUAAAAAAAAAACCAUGUAAUUUUGUAUAACCUCCAUUAGUUACAGUGUUUUUUUUGUAUUGGGCCCAAAAGAAACAGGUAAGCCCACAUUAAAAUCUGGCAAAAUAUACCGACAUUAGAUAUGGCAAAUUAGGGAUGUAGGCCCAAAACGACCCGAACCUAGAGCUUUUAAUAGGGCCAGUCAAGGGAAACUACCUGUUGGAGAAAAUGGCGAUGUUGAUGAACCUUUCUCUUCCCUAUACGGUCAGAACCCUUCCACAUUCGCUAAAACCCUCAACCCCUUCCCGCCAAAAACUCUCAUCACCGUCAUCAUUGCCACCAGCCGUCAAUAGCCCCAUCGACUUUGAACCACUCAGAGACCGUCUGGUCCAACACCUCGAUGCCGGCCACCUUUACAAAGCCAUAUCCACCCUUGAUGUCAUGGCCAGGCAAAACACCCAUCCGGACCUCAUUACCUACUCUCUGCUCCUUAAGACCUGCAUCAGGUCACGUGAGUUUCAGCUCGGUAAACUCGUUCACACCCACUUGGCUCAGUCUAAAAUUGAGCUCGACUCGGUCGUUUUUAACUCGCUCAUUAGUUUGUACUCAAAAUCCGGCGAUUGGGCCAAAGCCCAUAAAAUAUUCGAAAGUAUGGGAAAUAAACGAGAUUUGGUUUCUUGGAGUGCAAUGAUUUCUUGUUUCGCAAAUAAGAAAAUGGAAUUUGAAGCAAUUUUGACAUUUCUUGAUAUGCUUGAAAAUGGGUUUUGUCCAAAUGGGUAUUGCUUUACGGCUGUUAUUCGGGCUUGUUCAAAAGCCGAGUUUUUUUCAAUAGGGGAAAUAAUUUUAGGGUUUUUAGUGAAGAGUGGAUAUCUUGAUUUUGAUACAAAUGUUGGGUGUGCUUUAAUUGAUAUGUUUGUGAAGGGAAAUAGUGAUUUGGAGUCAGCUUUUAAGGUGUUUGAUAAAAUGCCUGAUAGAAAUGUGGUUGCUUGGACUUUGAUGAUAACUAGAUGUACACAAUUAGGUUACGCAAGGGAUGCUAUUGAUUUAUUCUUGGAUAUGGUUAUAGGUGGCUAUGUGCCCGAUCGGUUUACGCUAAGUGGUAUAAUUUCAGCUUGUACUGAACUGGAAUCGGAAUUAUUGUCACUUGGCAAGCAAUUGCAUUCUUUGGUUAUAAGGUCAGGUUUUGCUUUGGAUGUUUGCAUUGGAUGUAGUUUAGUGGACAUGUAUGCUAAGCUUACAAUAGAUGGGUCUUUGGAUGAUUCUAGAAGGGUGUUUGAUAGAAUGGAAGAUCAUAAUGUUAUGUCUUGGACUGCGAUUAUUACGGGGUAUGUGCAAUGUGGAGGUCGUGAUAAGGAAGCCGUUGAGCUCUUUCACAAAAUGAUGGAAAGUCCUGUUCUGCCUAAUCAUUUCACAUUUUCUAGUGUUCUUAAGGCAUGUGGAAAUCUUUCUGAUUCACGAAUGGGUGAACAAUUUUAUGCCCUUGCAGUAAAACACGGUUUUGUUUCAGAUGAUUGUGUGGGGAACUCUCUUAUAAACAUGUAUGCUAGGUCAGGCAGGAUGGAUAAUGCUCAAAAAGCUUUUGAAUCUCUAUUUGAGAAGAAUUUAGUUUCCUACAACACUAUGGUCGAUGCUUAUUCUAAGAACUUGGAUUUUGAAGGAGCUUUUGAACUUUUUCAUGAAGUCACAGAUACCGGAAUUGAGGUUAAUGCCUUCACAUUUGCUAGUCUACUGAGUGGAGCUUCAAAUAUUGGUGCAAUUGGCAAGGGCGAGCAAAUCCAUGCUCAGUUACUUAAAUCAGGGUAUCAGUCAAACCGACGCAUUUCUAAUGCAUUGAUAUCCAUGUAUGCUAGGUGUGGACACAUAGAAGCUGCUUUUCAAGUUUUUAAGAAGAUGGGUGAUCGAAAUGUUAUAUCUUGGACUUCUAUGAUAACAGGUUUUGCAAAACAUGGAUUUGCUACUAGAGCUUUGGAAAUAUUCCAUGAAAUGCUGGUGACAGGGAUUAAGCCAAACGAGAUCACAUAUAUUGCUGUUUUAUCAGCCUGUGGCCAUGCAGGUUUGAUUUCAAAGGGAUGGGAAAUUUUCGAGUCAAUGCACAAGGAACACGGGAUUGCCCCAAGAAUGGAACACUAUGCAUGCAUGGUUGAUUUAUUGGGGCGAUCAGGAUCACUCAGGGAAGCUAUUGAGUUCAUAAACACGAUGCCCUGCACACCAGAUGCCUUGGUAUGGCGCACUUUUCUUGGAGCUUGCCGAGUCCACCGUGACAAAGAGCUCGGGGUAUAUGCUGCCAAGAUGAUACUUCAGCAGGAUCCUCAUGAUGUUGCAGCCUAUAUAUUACUAUCAAAUUUGUUUGCCUCUGCAGGUCAAUGGGAAGAUGUGGCACAGAUUAGGAAAAAUAUGAAGGAGAGAAAUCUGAUCAAAGAAGCUGGUUGUAGUUGGCUAGAGGUGGACAAUAAGAUGCACAUGUUCCAUGUGGCUGAUACGUCACACCCACAAGUGCAGGAGAUUUAUGAGAAAUUGGAUGAAAUGGCUUUAAAAAUAAAGGGAUUGGGCUAUGUCCCUGAUACAGAUUUUGUGCUUCAUGAACUUGAGGAGGAACAAAAGGAGCAAUAUAUUUUCCAACACAGUGAGAAAAUUGCAGUUGCAUUCGGACUUAUAAGCACAUCAAGAUCAAAAACAAUUCGCGUUUUUAAGAAUCUCCGUGUUUGUGGAGACUGUCAUACUGCAAUCAAGUACAUUUCAUUGGCUACAAGGAGAGAAAUAGUUUUAAGGGAUUCAAAUCGGUUUCAUCAUAUCAAAAAUGGAACCUGCUCUUGCAAGGAUUACUGGUGACUGCAUACAAUUCAAGUCGCUUUCAUCAGAUCAAGUGAUCUAUGUGACAAAUGCAUUCUUGGUAAAAAGCAAUUAAGAGCGUUCACUAAGUUGCAUUGGACGGUGAUCUUUAAUUUGUCAGAUGCCACAACUGUCCAGUAGCUGUCGCCGUGUCGCAGAUUAAAUUCUGAUUGUCCAAACAAAUUUGAUCCUUGUUUGGCAACUUUAUCCCUUAUUCUCAUUCUUUUUGGGCAUUGAAGAUGAUGCAUUUAUCACUUGUUCCACUAAUUGUUACCUGUAUACCUCUUAUUCCCUGCUUUUUAUAUACAAUUGUACAUUCUCUCUGCUUACUUUAUAUCUAAAAUGCUUAUAAAUUAUAAUUUCUUUCUAUAUAUAGACGUUUAAAUUACAGUGAUGUGUCAUAGUUUGCUUUGAUGUUGUUUGAUGUAGAAGCAUGUUAUUCUGAACUUGUAGAUUUGUUUUUUUUAAUUCAAGCUUUAGGUUGUAAAGUACUCAUAAUUCCCGUUAGCAUACUUGUGCUCCUUUUUCUUGACAUGACUUGGGCGCAGAAAAGUUUCACACAGAUGGUAGUAAUGAGGAAACAUUGAACCAACCUCUUAGCUAGCAAAUCAGUUUCCAACCUGUCUACUUUCAGUUUCUUUUGUCAAACAUCAUCAAAGGGGCAAUAGUGAAGCUUUUCUUAUUGAUGUUAAAGUGUUCGUGGUACAAGGAUGUUGACAUCUUGCUAUUCCCCUCGGGAAAUUUUCGGCUUCUCAUAGAGAGAGGGAGAUGAAAUUAAGUUACUAUGAUGUGGAAUUGUCCCGUUACAAUCUGAUGAUGAUGUAAAUGUUAGGCUUGAUUUCCAAUUUGUUAGAAUUGCUUUCACAUCAAUAACUGAAAUCCCAAGAAAAAUGAACAUGAAAAAAUCUAUUUUCUGCCUUGAAUGUUUACAUGCAUCAUUGAACACAAUUUGUCCUGGUCUGAGACACCAAUUCAACAGGGCAUGGAAGAAAGAAACCUACAAUUUUGCCCUGGUAGAAAAGUACCUUUAUUUGCUCAUUGUUUGGCCAGUACAGGAGCCAAAAAAAAAAUCCACCGGUUCUCUCAUUUAAACCAUAAACUCCACGUGGAUCAUACGUCUUGCAGGACAGUGGACAGAAGUUUGUGCACCAACUAAAAUACCUUUUGAGGAUUGAGUCUGUCUGCUGACAAGUCAACAUACGUUGUUCUGUCGACCGAUCAGAUUUCACGGGCAAAAGUCUGUCAGCUUUAUCGUCGGUUAUCCAAUCAAACCUAUCUCUCCCUGAUAUUUUUCAUUGUUAAUUUUAUCAAAUCGAUAAUCAUGGGACGUAGCUGAAGAUUCGGACGCGAAAUAUCGCCGAAAUCUGGCCCAAUUACGAGGUACAAAUCCCACACGCGACCGAUUUGAAUCCAACACGUGUCCUACAACUAUCAUGUCAAC